GGCGCCGCAGCCACUCCCGGGAGCAUGAAGGACCGAACCCAGGAGCUCCGCACGGCCAAGGACAGCGAUGAUGACGAUGAUGUCACUGUCACCGUGGACCGAGACCGCUUCAUGGAUGAGUUCUUCGAACAGGUAGAGGAGAUCCGAGGCUUCAUUGACAAGAUCUCCGAGAAUGUGGAGGAGGUGAAGCGGAAGCACAGUGCCAUCCUGGCCUCCCCCAACCCUGAUGAGAAGACGAAGGAGGAGCUGGAGGAACUCAUGUCCGACAUAAAGAAGACAGCAAACAAAGUGCGCUCCAAGUUGAAGAGCAUCGAGCAGAGCAUCGAGCAGGAGGAAGGCCUGAACCGCUCAUCCGCUGACCUGAGGAUCCGGAAGACACAGCACUCCACGUUGUCCCGGAAGUUUGUGGAAGUCAUGUCUGAGUACAAUGCGACACAGUGUGACUACAGGGAGCGGUGCAAAGGCCGGAUACAGAGGCAGCUGGAGAUCACUGGCCGUACCACGACCAGUGACGAACUAGAGGACAUGCUGGAGAGUGGGAAUCCGGCCAUCUUUGCCUCUGGGAUCAUCAUGGACUCCAGCAUCUCGAAGCAGGCCCUAAGUGAGAUUGAGACACGGCACAGCGAGAUCAUUAAAUUGGAGAACAGCAUCCGUGAGCUGCACGACAUGUUCAUGGACAUGGCCAUGCUUGUGGAGAGCCAGGGGGAGAUGAUUGACAGGAUCGAGUACAACGUGGAGCAGUCGGUGGACUACGUGGAGAGGGCCGUGUCUGACACCAAAAAGGCUGUCAAGUACCAGAGCAAGGCGCGCCGGAAGAAGAUCAUGAUCAUCAUCUGCUGUGUGGUCCUGGGCAUCGUCAUUGCCUCUAUCUUUGGAGGUAUCUUUGGAUAGAAACUCACCCCACCUGCCUCUCCACUCUGGAUGGUCCACACUAAGGAAGCUCCUUGGCUGCUGACUCCCUUUGGCUCGGAGCCCCCUCCUUUCUUUGCCAUGGGGCCCCUCCAUACCCACCCUGCCCUGAGCCGUCAUGUGCAUGAUCUUUGUAACAGUGUGUCUAUACAAGAGGCAGAGGGGAGCCAGGCUGGGAAACAACCAGCGGGGUGGGGAUCGGGUCAGCAAGGGACAGACUCAGGCCCUGGCCUGGCUGCCUCACCCUUCCAGGCCGAGCUGCCCAGGUAGCCAUGUUCCCCCUUCCUCUGCCUUCAAUAAUUCCACUCUUAACCUGGGGUCUGCCCUCUCCCUGCAUCAAGGCUCUCUGUACCCCAACCUUGCCUCCUGCUGCCAACCAUCUAUCCUGUCCUCUCCAGCUGUCCCCCCUAAGCCCAGCCCCCUGAGGGGUGGGGAUCAGCUGGCCACAUGGUGCUGCUUUUCAGGUUAGGGGAGGGAUGGCCCUGAGAGACAGCCCAGCUCUAAGCCUCUAACAGCCAGUCACUGCCAGGGAGGCUCAGGGUGUUGUGGCCAGGUAGCUUCUGGCUGUGUCAAGACCAGGCUCUCCCCCCUACCUAGGGGCAGAGUCCAACAGGUCUUCGGCUGCCUCAACCUCCCCACAUUCCUAGAGCCCCAGGAGCAACUCCCUGGGCUAUGCCUGACCCCAGAUAACAUUCUGGAAGAGGCUGGCUGGUGCCUGGUCUCUAGCCACCCUUAGAGCCAGGGAGACAGAGCAGCCUGUCAGGCCAAGCCCACAGCCUGGGCCACCCAUUCUCCCCAGCAGGCCUUAGCCGGGUCCUCAAGCCAUUGUGUGUUGCAUGUUUGGGACAGUAGUCCCCACUCUUGUGCUCUGGGAAGUCAGACGUUACUUCAGGCCUGCAGUCAUGUCCUGCCCUUGCUGUUCCCCCACUGAUGUGCCACAUGAGUGUCAGGUGUCUUGGAUGCAGUAUUUAGCAGCCAGCCAGGGAGGGGUACCUCCCUCCCCACCAUCUCGGGGCUUCUCAAGUCAGAAACAUGCCCUCACUUCAAGACCCCUCUCUUCCUUGUUGACAGGCAAGGAGUGUGCAUGCGAGUGCAUGCAAUAGGGGAUGGGGCCAUGUCCAAGCCCCACCUUUCCUCAGCUUUGCUCCUGUCCAGUGACUGUGACCACUGUCCGCGUGUUGCCUUCUUUAACGACUUCCCUCCCCUCCUUUACCCCUUCACCAAAGGUCUUGGUACAACCAGCUGCCUGUUUUGUGAAAUUUUUAUGUA